GGAGCCUUUAACCGUCCGAACCUUCCGGAAUCAGCGGGAGAGUUAAAGGGUCCUAACCGUUUGUUUUGGUUAAAGGAGGGAAGCAAACCGUCGAUGUGAUGAAAAGUGAGCAGACUCCCAGCUUUCAGGUGAUGAGGCUCUUCACAACAUGGAAACGAAACGUCCGGAUCUAGUGAACGCUGUUCCGCCUUACGGACACGUGAUAUGCAGCGAAAAAUGGCGGGAUUCUCCUCUUAUUCAAGGCCUGAAAGAUGGGGACGUGCGGGUCCUGUUCGAGGCGGAUCUGGGCGUGGCCGACCUGCUCCUGCCCGGCCGCAGCAGUGUCCUGUUCCUGUCCGAGGCCGAGGCGGGGGGGGGCCUGCAGCAGCUGGUGCUGGUUCAGCGGGGCCCUCUCAGCCUGCAGGAGUUCCCGGGCCUGCAGAGGUUCGUGGUUCUGGACCUGGGCCUGGCCCUGCUGCCCGUCGCCGGGGCAACCGAGGCCGCGCAGCUCAUCGCUCAGAUGGUAAGCGUCUAA